GGGAAGAAACAGUAUCCCAUCUUUACGUUAUGUUUUUAAGAAUUGUUUGCAAAAACUAGAAAACUUGCAAUUGGGAGGCAAUAUGCUAAGAACUAUCCAUAAAGGAGACUUUGAAAGCUUACAAAAUGUUGAUUUUAUUUGACAACCGAAUUGACACUGUGGAAGAUGGGGCCUUUCAGGGUUUGGUCAAUCUUAAAAUGCUUCAUUUGACAUCGAAUAGAAUGAGUAAAAUAAACAUUAGGGCCACUAUGUUCAGAGGACUGACAGCCUUAGAAACACUUGAUUUGAGUUGGAAUCGUAUUAAAUAUCUACAUUAUGGUGAACUUAAAUCCCCACCCUUUUCUCUUCUGCCGUCUCUCAAGAUCCUGAUCAUCUCCGCUCAGCAUCCCUUUGGAAUGUUGAAUAUACCAUCCAACUUUCUUCAUGGUCUGAAAUAUUUAUUGGCAUUCAGCGCAAGGAGUCUUAACAUUAAGUCCUUUCACCCAGACACAUUCAUCCACACACCACAGUUGUGGUCCCUUGACAUCAGCCUGAAUGACUUCACAGCCCUGAGCAAGGAGUUGUUUCACCCGAUCCCACGACUCAACAGGCUAUACCUGUUUAAAGCCCAACUUCAGUCUUUAGAUUUUCUCAUAGGAGCCAACCUCACUCAACUCAGUUACUUACAGGUAAGAAAGAAUGACUUUACAGUAGUAAGUGAGACAAUGAUACGUUCUUUACCUGCUUUAGUUUACUUGGACCUGCAAGACAAGACUUUCACCUGUGACUGCAGCAAUGCUUGGUUUAUCCAGUGGGUGACAACAGAAAACCAAACGCAGGUUGUUGAUGCCUAUGACUUUACCUGCAACUAUCCGGUCAAUCUAGGAGGUACCAAACUGUUGGACCUUGACACCCACUACUGUUCAGUAGAUAUAGGAUUCUUCUACUUCAUCUCCUCCACUUCUCUGGUCCUCUUAACCUUGCUGGGGUCCUUUAUCUACCAUCUCCUGAGAUGGCAGGUGGUCUACGCCUACUAUCUCUUUCAGGCUUAUCUCUAUGACACAAAGCGGAGGAAUGUCCGUGUGACUCAUCAAUAUGAUGCCUUCGUCUCCUACAAUGGCCACGAUCAGCCCUGGGUCCUGAGGGAACUUCUGCCUGAGCUGGAGGGAAACCAAGGCUGGAAGCUGUGUCUGCAUCACCGUGACUUCCAGCCAGGCAAACCCAUCGUAGACAACAUCACAGACGCCAUCUACGGGAGCCGCAAGACCAUCUGCGUGAUCAGCCGUCGCUACCUGGAGAGUGAGUGGUGCUCCCGGGAGAUCCAGGUGGCCAGCUUCCGUCUGUUUGAUGAGCAGAAGGACGUUCUGAUCCUGGUGUUUCUGGAGGAGGUCCCAGACCAGCAGCUCUCCCCCUUCCACCGGAUGAGAAAGCUGGUGAAGAGACCUACCUACCUGAGCUGGCUCAGAGCUGGGGAGCACACCAGAGUCUUCUGGCAGAAACUCUGGGUGGCUCUGGAGACCAGGGACUGCCUUGCUGAAGAGAACCCCAUCCUGUCCGGGGUGGAUAGAAAAUGAUAAUGACACACUAAAUGUAACGUUUCUAAAUGAAAAGGUGUUAUUUCAUCCAAACAUGGCAAAUAAAUAUAGUUAAAAAAACUAUUAUAAAAAGAUCCCAAUCAACCGUCAGACUUUGUUCUAGAUUUAACCUACUGAAUAUAAUUGACAACUGGCAACGUUUGAAAUCAGAAAUGUAGUUUAUGCAAAUCUACAAUAAACUUUAUGAUGAAAUGUAAAAUGAAAUGUAUUAUGAAAUAUAUUAUGUGUGCUAUUUGAUGAUGAAUU